GCGGAGUGUCUUCAUCAAAAACAUGAGUGCGUAACACCACACUAAAUUAAUUAUUUAAAAAUGACUCCAUUUUUCAGACAGGCGUGGGCGGUGUCAGGGGUGCUUAUCAACAUGUUAGCACAGGGGAUGGUGCUGAGCUAUCCAACGUCGCUCCUGCCUGCCCUGCAAGCGCCAGAUGCCGUCAUCAAGGCGGACUUUGACACCAGUUCCUGGUUAGCCUCAUCAGUGGGCCUGGCGGGCAUUCCAGGAUUCCUCCUGUCCUCAAUCCUUAUGGAGCGUUACGGGCGCAAAUUAACCCACGCCCAAGUGAUACUGCCAGCUUGCAUUGGAUGGUCGCUCAUAUACUUCGCUAAGGACGUUCCUACCAUCAUGAUUGGUAGGAUUUUAACUGGAUUUACUUCUGGAGGAACUGUCGCUUUGGGUGCAGUUGUCAUUGGAGAAUACACGAGUCCAAAAAACAGAGGGAUGUUCUUAAACCUAAAGACUUCUUCGGUGUCUUUGGGAGGAAUGCUUGUCCACAUCUUAAGUAGAUUUUUGUCAUGGAGAGCCAUUGCGUUGGCAGCAUUAGUGCCAAAUAUUGGGUCGUUAAUGAUCAUUUUGACGUGGCCUGAGAGUCCAGGUUGGUUAGCAGCAAAAGGAGAGUUUGAAAGAAGUAAAAAAUCUUUUUUCUGGCUUCGAGGCAAAGAUGACGAGUCUUCGAAAGAAUUGGAAGAGAUGAUCCAAGCGCAAGUCGAUCGGGUGUCGAGAACCAAAGACAUGGCGUGGAAAGAGAAAACUGUAGAAUUCUUCAAGAAAUUCACGAGGAAAGACUUCUUAAAACCACUGUUUAUAAUAUGUCUAGGAGCUGUUCUGAUUGAAGUAUCAGGCCGGCAUUUGUUUCCUGCGUAUGCGCUGGAUAUCAUGGCAGAGAUUACUGGUAGCAAGAACCAGUCUUUCUACUUAACAUUGGCAUUGGAUCUGAUCAUUACUAUCAGUUCUACUUGCUCUUCAGCGCUCGUGAGGAUGGUCAAGAGAAGGACUUUACUGUUCAGCACUGGGUUUGCAUCAGUCGCUAUUCUUGCUACAGUGUGUACAUAUCUACUCCUAGCUUCAAGAGACGUGAUCUCCAAGGAACGUUCAUGGAUCCCUAUAGGACUGUUCAUCGCGUUUUUUAUCCUGGUCAACUUAGGGUGUACUCCUAUUCCUUUGGCAUUUCUUGGAGAGUUGUUGCCUUUGGCACAUAGGGGCGCAGGGUCUGGAUUAGCUGGUGUUGUCUUGUCCUUGAAUGUCAACCUUGGACUUCAAUUGACUCCGUUAUUACUGGCGAAUUUCAAAGUUUAUGGAACAUUUGCAGUUCUUGGGACGUCAAUGGCAGUAGUGCUAACAAUGUUGUAUUUUAUUCUUCCGGAGACAAAGGAUAGGACGCUGCAAGAGAUUGAGAAUUACUUCAACUAUGGAAGGUUUAAGGAGGAUGUGGUGAAGAGUGAUGAUGUUGAAGUGGAAACCAAGAUGAUAGUAAGCCAAGUGUUGAAGCAAUGAGUGGGAUGGUCAGAUUCUAAACAUAAUGUAACAAACGCUUCACUGCCAUACAAGAACAAACAUACUUACAGAAGUGUACAUUAAAUCUACAAUGGCCGCGAUUCCUGCAGACACCUCCUAAUUGCAUUUGAAGUUAUACCCAUCAUUUUCUUAUCCGCCGAAAAGGAAAGGGACGGAUGAUUGACAACUGUUAAUUUAAUAUGAAAGAAUAACCCGGGCGAAUAAAAUAGGUAUCUCGCUCAUAUGCAAUCCGUCUGACGUGUGCUGCCAACUUAAUUAUGUCGGGUUAUGGGCCAAUAUAAAAGGAAGGAGUUUUAAAAUUUCUGCCUAAAAUUGACGUGUGUUCCAUAAAUUUUAUGCCUGUCGA